AUGGGGAGGAAUUUGAGAAAUGGAGGGGUGUUCGCUGUGAUGUUGUUGCUGGGGUUGUUUGCUUUGCAGAUUGCUGAUGGUAGGAGGCUUGAGAAGGACACGUUUGGUGGUGGCGGCCUUGGUGGAGGCGCGGGCGGAGGCGGAGGGUUUGGCGGUGGAGGUUGCCUUGGCGGCGGUGGAGGGCUAGGUGGUGGAGGCGGAGCUGGUGGUGGGCUUGGGGGAGGUGCUGGUGGAGGGCUAGGUGGUGGUGGAGGGCUAGGUGGUGGCGGCGGAGCUGGGGGUGGGUUCGGGGGAGGUUCUGGUGGAGGUGUUGGAGGUGGUGCUGGCGGAGGAGCUGGAGGCGGAGCCGGUGGAGGGUUUGGCGGUGGUGCAGGAGGUGGAAAGGGUGGGGGGUUUGGUGGAGGUUCCGGUGGAGGAAUUGGAGGAGGAGCUGGAGGUGGAGCCGGUGGAGGAUUUGGAGGUGGUGCUGGAGGUGGAAAGGGAGGAGGGUUCGGUGGAGGUUCGGGUGGAGGAAUUGGAGGCGGAGCCGGUGGAGGAGCUGGAGGCGGAGCCGGUGGAGGAUUUGGAGGUGGAAAGGGAGGAGGGUUUGGUGGAGGAAUUGGAGGAGGAGCCGGUGGAGGAGCUGGUGGAGGAUUUGGAGGUGGGAAAGGUGGUGGUUUUGGGGGUGGGUCUGGAGGAGGGUUUGGAGGUGGAUCGGGAGGUGGGGGAGGUCUAGGAGGAGGAUCGGGAGGAGGGUUUGGUGGUGGUGGAGCAGGAGGAGGUGGAGGAUUUGGCGGAGGAGCAGGAGGAGGUGGAGGCUUUGGUGGCGGACAUUAG